GGGGUUUGGUCAGAGGUUACUCGGUCAGGAAUUACUUAAGGGGUUUGGUCAGGGGUUACUCGAGAGAUUACUCGGUAAGGGGUUACUUGAGUACUCGGUCAGGAGUAACUCGAGUAAUUCCGACCACACGGUGUGGCUUACACAGAAAAAUCCCCUGUUAAAAUAUAAUGACUAGUUUUGAGUGAGAUAUUAGAGAUUCAAACCUCUAUCCCUUCAAUAUUUUCGACCAAAUCCACCAACGAACAUAAUUGAAAAUCAUUCUUUUUUUGUUUUUUUUUUUGUUUUUGUUUAAAUAUUUGGUUUUCCAACCACGUUCAAAUAUUCCUAUAAAAUUUGACUGGAGGCCCCAAAAUUGCCUGUUUCUCCCUUCUUUUUCUCUCUCAUCCACACACAACAGCAGGGCUGAUCUCAGAAGCUUUGCUUUGUUACUGGGUUGCUGGGGAUUUGUCAAAAUCCUCAUCACCUGAAAACAAAGUUUUGUUCUUGAAAAGAGGGUUUCAGUAUUUUCUGAGGAUUUUUUUUUUUUAAAAAAAAAAAAAAAAAACUAAUUGGGAAAAAAGGGGGAAAUUCAAAAAAUGGGUAAUGAAGAAUCAUCAACGGCUAAAAAUGACGGAGGAAUUGAAACCCAGGUGGUAUUGAAUGUGUAUGACCUAACCCCUCUUAAUCAUUACACCUACUGCUUCGGUUUUGGGAUUUUUCAUUCCGGCAUUGAAGUCCAUGGCAUGGAGUAUGGAUUUGGGGCCCAUGAUUUUCCGGCUAGUGGGGUUUUUGAAGUAGAACCAAGGAGCUGUCCAGGUUUUAUUUACAGAUGUUCUAUCUCAUUAGGCCGGACGAGUAUGUCCCAACCAGAGUUUCAGCAUUUCGUUGAGCGAGUUGCUUCUGAGUACCAUGGAGAUACUUAUCAUCUCAUCACCAAAAAUUGUAAUCAUUUCACAGAUGACCUUUCCUUUAAAUUGACUGGCAAAAAUAUCCCUGGAUGGGUCAACCGUCUUGCCCGAACUGGUGCUGUUUGUAGCUGUCUGCUUCCCGAGAGCCUGCAAACAACAACUAUUAAACAGUCGCCCGAGUAUCAUGAUUGCAUAGAUGGAAUGGAAUCAUCCUCGGUAGACAGUCCUCGUGAGCACACUGAAAGCGAAGAUACUGAUCAAGAUAAAAUUCUGCUGCUAUCACCAAAACCUGGAUGUAAUGAUGUUGCUUUUAUCAGGGAAGCAGAAUAACAGAGGUGCAAUUUGUUAGUUUCUUAGAAGACUGCUUGCUUGAAUUUUCAAUAGACGAAGUUCUGGCUAGCAGAGAGACAUCUACUUGAGGAGCUCUCCAUUUCCGUAGUCCCCACGAAUUACCUCCAUUUUUUGUAUAUUUUGGCCUCACCUUCUUGUUGGAAUUAGUGAGUUGUAUCAUUGUGAUUGCAUUCUCAGCUCAUGUUAGUCCUUAGCCAAAAGUUAAGGUUUUGCAUAAAGUUGGUGUAAUUGUUAUUAUAUUGCCCUGAGGGCUUUCUGAACUUUUACCAAUCUGUGAUCGCAUAAUGAUGUCAACCCGUUUUUGUGUAUGAGCUUGAAUUCUUACACAAGCAAAGAGACAAUUGAACUUCGUCUUACACAAGCAAAGAGACAAAUUAUCGAUCUUGAA